CUCCCCCUGACUCCUUGGUAGUCUGCUAGUGGGAGACCCUCGACUCUGAUCCUUUGCUUUCUCCUGUCCCGGAACCCCGCAAGUCCUCAUUAUGCGUGAGUGCAUCUCUAUCCACGUUGGCCAGGCUGGUGUCCAGAUUGGCAAUGCCUGCUGGGAGCUCUACUGCCUGCAACACAGCAUCCAGCCCAAUGGCCAGAUGCUCAGUGACAAGACCAUUGCAGAAGGAGAUGACCCCUGCAACACCUUCAGUGAAACAGGCGCUGGCAAGCAUGUGCCCAGGGCAGUGUUUGUAGACUUGGAGUCCACAGUCAUUGAUGAAAUUAGCACUGGCACCUACCACCAGCUCUUCCACCCCGUGCAGCUCAUCACAUAA